GACGACUGAUUCCAUAGCCAUGCCAGGGGUUUGAAGGUGAUACAGGAAAACGGCUAACUGGGGCGACGUUAUCAGGAAUUUAGCUAACUGGUUAAACUGGGAGGUUUUCAUUCUGGAUAAGGCUGAGUAACAGAGGCUGCCCCUUCAGAUGAGCUUAUGAGCUAAUGCUAACAGCAGUGCAGCAGUAUAUGGUGAUGACUCGUGGACUUCUACACAAGGAUCCAAAAGGUCAGAAAUGAGGCUAAUGAUCAGAAAACUCACCACCAGCUCUUUAUGGGGCACUGCAUGGAGUGGCUGGGACAUUCAAUCUCAACAGAAGCUGCACACAAACAAAUCCUGAAGUGUAAACGUCCAGCCCAACGGUCACUUCCAGCUUCCACCAAAUUAAGUCGUCACUGAAAAGCACCAAUCAGACAUAGCGUUUGCAAGUGGACAUUCCAUCUGCAACAGGCUUGACAAAUGAACGCCUCUCUGUAAAUUCCACAUUAUAUUCAACACCAGUUAAAGCCUUGUUAUUACCCUCUGUACCUGAGCUACCACCUAGGUGAGCCAUGAAUGAAGCACAGAAAUCCCAUUCUGCUCAGUCAAGUGGCAAGGGAGGAGGUAUGGUGGUGACCAGUGCCUUACUCUGGUGGGCUGUGGCUGUUGCAUUUUUUUCCAUUUCAUGGGUGCCGGUUGCUCAGGCUGAUUGUUGGCUGAUUGAAGGGGAGAAGGGUUUUGUAUGGCUGGCAAUCUGCAGCCAGAACCAGCCACCAUACGAAGCCAUACCAUUACAUAUUAACAGCACUAUCGUCGACCUGCGACUCAACGAAAACAAGAUUCGAAGCAUCCAUUUUUCCGCUCUAAGCCGCUUCAGCAACCUCACGUACCUGAACUUGACUAAGAACGAAAUCUCCUAUAUAGAGGAUGGGGCGUUCUCUGCUCAGUUUAAUCUGCAGGUGCUGCAGAUUGGUUUCAACAAGCUACGGAACUUGACUGAGGGUAUGCUGAGAGGCUUAGGACGGCUGCAGUACCUGUACCUUCAGGCUAACCUGAUUGAGACUGUCUCACCUAAUGCCUUCUGGGAGUGUCCAGCCAUUGAGAACAUUGACCUCUCCAUGAACAGGAUUCAGCAGUUGGAUGGAAGUACAUUCCGAGGUCUAACAAAGCUAACCACAUGCGAGCUCUACUCAAACCCAUUUGGUUGCUCCUGCGAGCUACUGGGAUUCUUGCGCUGGUUAGCGGCAUUCCCCAACAGAACAAGUGAGAGGAUGGUAUGCGAUACACCAGCUGGCUUUUCUGGGUACAGCCUCUUAAGCCAGAACCCCAGGAUGCCAACAUUUCGGAAUGCUUUCCAUGCUCUCUCUACUGUCUGCACAGAUGAAAAUGUGACUCCGUACCUCCUUGGAUCUUCAGACGGGGGCACUCCCACAAUCCUGCCGGAUUUGAGUCCCUGCGGUUUGGAUGACUGCCCUUCGGGAGCACCUCCAGAUGAACCCACCAGCAUCAGCCCAACAUAUUUCGACCAAGACGCCCGGCCAACUAUAAAGCUCAAAGAAAUGACACACACAAGUGCAGUUAUCACAGUCCACAUCCCAAACCCUUUCCGCAAAAUGUACAUUCUUGUCCUUUACAACAACAGCUUCUUCACAGACAUUCAGAACCUCAGAAGCCAAAGGGAGGACAUAGAGUUGCUGAACCUUAAAUCCCACACAGACUACACAUAUUGUGUGGCAUCCAUACGCAACUCUUUGAGAUUUAACCAUACCUGCCUGACCAUCUCCACCAGCCCAAGGACAAUGCGAGAGCGUGUGCCAAAUGACGCUACUGCUACUCACUAUAUCAUGACAAUACUGGGCUGCUUCUUUGGAAUGGUCAUAGUAUUGGGCAUGGUGUACCACUGCCUGAGAAAACGGAAGCAGCAAGAUGAGGCAAAGAUGAAGAAGCUUGAGAAGAUGAAAAGGAAUUUGAUUGAGAUGAAAUAUGGGGCUGAGCUGGAAGGUGGGACUAUCUCACAGCUGUCACAGAAACAAAUGAUGUCCACUGGCGAGGCAGUUCAGAGAAUGCCGUAUCUACCGGCUGCCAGUGAAACAGACCAGUAUAAGGUGCAGGAGAUAUCGGACACACCAAAAACGACAAAAGGAAAUUACAUGGAAGUAAGGUCGGAGCAAUCCGAUCGAAUGGAAUGCAACGUCCCCCCAUCUGACAACAGCCAGGGAUCAGUUGCCGAGAUAUCAACAAUUGCGAAAGAAGUCGACAAAGUGAAUCAGAUCAUCAACAACUGCAUUGAUGCGCUCAAAUCUGAGUCAGUGUCCUUCCAGGCCGUGAAGUCUGGAGCUGUGUCCACAGCUGAGCCUCAGCUGGUUCUUAUUUCUGAGCACCCGCCAGGCAAGACUGGUCUUCUAUCUCCAAUGUAUAAAGGAGGUUACCACCACCCCUUACAGAGGCACCACAGUAUGGAAGCUCAACCGAAGCGUGCCAGCACAUCUUCAAGUGGCUCCAUGCGCAGCCCCCGAUCUUUUCGCUCUGAAGGUGCUUACCGAUCUGAGUCCAAGUACAUCGAGAAGUCUUCUUUGGAUGAAUCAGGAAUCCUGACGGUCACCCCUGCUGCAGCAAUACUUCGGGCAGAAGCAGAGAGGAUACGACACUACAGUGAGCACAGGCACUCGUACCCUGGCCCCCACCAUAUAGAGGAAUCUUUGGAGGUUUCAGGAAGCAGGAAGUCCUCCAUCUUGGAGCCGCUAACCCGCUCACGACCACGUGAACUCUCAUAUUCACAGCUUUCACCCCAGUACCACAACCUCAGCGGUUACUCCAGCCCAGAGUACAGCUGCCGACCAUCCCUUAGCCUAUGGGAACGAUUCAAACUGCACCGUAAACGCCACAGGGAUGAGGAGGAGUACAUGGCUGCAGGUCACGCGUUAAGGAGAAAAGUACAAUUUGCCAAAGAUGAGGACCUACAUGACAUCCUUGACUACUGGAAGGGUGUGUCUGCGCAACAGAAAUUAUGAUCACUCAUUUUAUAGUAGAUUCAAGUGUGGUCAUACCAACUACACUUUGCUUUCUGGACCAAACGAAGCCAGUCUUGAUAAUUAAAUUUCAAAAAACUCACUCAUUUUUAGAGGUAUAGCUUAGAUUAUAAUUCUGACUUCAUUAAACUAGCUAUUUUUACUAUUUGACAAAGAAAUAAGAUAUGGUAGAUCUCGCAGUGAGUGUAUGUGCCAAAUGAUUAUAGAUAACUUUUAACAAUAUUAACCUCAAAUCAGAACACUUUUUAUAUAUGAAAAGUAACAAUAGACUAUUAUUGUAUUAAUUAUUAUUACUACUAUCAUUAUCAUUAUUAUUCUUGCCAUGAUCAUCAUUGUUCCUUCUAAGUAUUAUUAU